GAUUAUUAUUGUUAGGAUCACGAGUAAACAUCAUCCAGCUCUCGUACAGUGUACGCGAAUCCUUACAUAAUGUUUUGAUCAGGAAUCAAUGUCAUAUAAUAAGUGUACCUAUAACCUUUCAGUGUCUUGACGCAAAAAGAUUAGAUAGUAUGUAGGUACUUAUCGUUGAUCAUUCCAAAUUCUGAUUGUAAUUCCAUCAGAUACCUGACCGUUCCCAUACAUACAAACAGUUCAUAAGAAUGGACAUAGAAAAAACCACGAGUCACAACCUGAAAUGCUCCGUCUGUAAGAACUAUUUGAACGUCGCACCAGUGUUGACUUCUGAAGAUGGAAAAAUAAAUAAAUGUGGAAGAUGCCAACUCAAGGGGCCAGUGCUCAACAAUCGAAACUCUCUGUAUGAAUCCAUAGGAGCAAAGCUCAGGUUCCCCUGCAAGAAUGAAGAAUGCACGGAUCGGAUGUCCUGGGCUGAAGUACAGAGACACGAAAAGUCAUGCAAGCACAGGAAAAUCGAAUGCCCGUUUUGGAAUUGCAGAGAAAAAGACAUCAAGUUCGUCAUUUUGAAUGACAUUAGCCAUUUUGAAACCAACCAUCCCGGGUCCAUCCAUUCUGGUGAUAAUAUGACUCUUAACUUGAAAGUGAUCACCCAUCAUCAGUCGUUCAUGAAGCUGUUAGUAGUAGACACCAUUCCGUUUUUGAUGUUGAUACACUGUUUGAAAUUCGGAGAAUCACUUCUCAUAGGACUAUUCAAUUUCAAUAACAAGUUAUAUGAUUAUCAACUCAAAAUAUACUCCGACAAGAACUCCAAGAGACACUCAGUAUUCAAAGAAAACGUUUUGUUAUAUGACGAAGACCAGCAUUGCUUGUAUUGUCUACAAAAUCUUUGUGUGAUGCAAAACCACGUGUUUUCUAAAAGAAAUCCAAGUAGUAAUCAGAACGAAAAGUACAAGUUUUAUUCCAAUAUUGAUGUAGGUGCUACGAAAACUACUUUACAAACUGAAAAUUUGAUGAUUGAUGUAAGCAUAAUCGAACAUCAAGAACAAAAUGGAGAAAAAUGAUAUAUACCUAAUAUUUAUUAAUAAAAAAUUCAAAACAUAAUUCAUGUGUCACAUGAGGAAUUUCAGAU